UUGAUCAGUGUUUGAAAGAGAGGAAAAAAAAAAUGAGGUUCUGGGUAGUGGUUUUGUGCUCUUUUCUGUCCCUCGUAGGGGUCUUUGCACAAGAUGUCGGUUCUAUUAUAACAAAACCCCUUUUCGAGCAAAUGCUAAAGCAUCGAAAUGAUGCAAACUGUCCUGCUCACGGUUUCUACACCUACGAAGCUUUCAUAGCUGCUGCCAGGUCCUUUGGGGCUUUUGGAACAACUGGUGAUACUACUACUCGUAAAAGAGAAAUAGCGGCCUUCUUGGCUCAAACUUCUCAUGAAACAACAGGCGGAUGGGCAACUGCCCCAGAUGGUCCUUAUGCAUGGGGAUAUUGCUUCAAGCAAGAACAAGGUAAUCCUCCAGAUUAUUGUGUCGCCAACCAACAGUGGCCCUGUGCUCCUGGGAAAAAAUACUACGGCAGAGGACCAAUUCAAAUCUCCUACAACUACAACUAUGGUCCAGCAGGGAGAGCCAUAGGAUCUGAUCUCCUACACAACCCAGAUUUAGUCGCAACUGACCCAACCAUUUCUUUCAAGACUGCAUUUUGGUUUUGGAUGACGCCCCAGUCCCCAAAGCCUUCUUGCCACGACGUGAUGACCGGCAGAUGGACACCGUCCCAAGCUGAUAAUGCGGCUGGUCGCCGCCCAGGAUACGGUGUCGUUACCAACAUCAUCAAUGGUGGAAUUGAAUGCGGAAAAGGCUCCAACCCACAGAUGAACGACAGAAUUGGUUUCUAUAAGAGAUACUGCGACAUACUGGGAGUGAGCUAUGGCGACAAUUUGGACUGCGCCAGCCAAAGGCCUUUUGGCUCCUAAUUAGGCCUAUGUUGGUCUUUUAUUUAAAUAAAUUGGCAUCAUAAAAAUUUGGUUCACCCCUUUGAGGUGACCCUUCUCAUGGCUUCCAUGUCUAAUUCUACAGAAUCAGUAUAUUAAUAAUAAAACCCUAAUAAACUUUUGUUUAUUGAA